CAGCAAGGGUCCCGAGUGUAGCAAGAAACGCCAAUCACGAAAAAACCCAGAAGAGGAAGAAGAAGGGAUUCUUUGAUCGUCCUCGCUCAUUGCCAGCGGCCACUAUUUUUCACUUACUCAUUUAUUAUCAAGUAACGAAAUGCUUUAAACAGUGAGAUUCCCUGGCUAGACAUGGUGUUCGGAUAGUGCAAAGAGUUGAGAUUUUAACUUGAGUGAGUGAUAAAUAAUGUACUUUUUUCAAGGGCCAUCAGCUGCAGCUCGAAAGGUGACAAUGUGUAGAAUGUAAUGGUAAAUUUUUCUCUAGCGAGCUGCCCUUAAGACCUCCUUGGACUUUUUUGAGGCUGGUUAACUAGCUUAAGUGUACCGCUGGUGAUAUCGUAAAGGAGCAUUUGAAGAUAGGACUGAAGUUGAGUGAUCAAUUGGUACACAGAAAACAUGUCGUUCUCAUUCUUCAAGCCCUCGCGGCCUAAAACUCCACAAGAACUUGCCAAGGCCAUAAGGGACAGUCUUAUGGCUCUCGAUACCAAAACUGUUGCUGAAGUUAAAGCACUUGAGAAGGCUAUGGAAGAAGUUGAGAAGAAUAUUAUGACAAUGAGAGCUCUGGUUUCAGGAGAUGGGGAAGUUGAGCCAAAUGCUGAUCAAAUUUCACAAAUGGCAAUUGAAAUUUGUAACGAGGAUGUUAUUUCUCUUUUCAUCCAUAAGUUACCCAUACUGGGAUGGGAAGCUAGAAAAAACUUGGUCCACUGUUGGUCGAUAUUGCUGAAACAGAAGGUUGAUGACAUAUGUUGCUGUGUGCAAUAUAUGGAGAACCACUUGGAGUUGUUAGACUUCCUUGUCGUGUGCUACGACAACAAGGAAAUUGCCUUGCAUUGUGGGAGUAUGUUGAGGGAAUGCAUCAAAAGACCAUCUCUUGCAAAGUACAUAUUGGGGUCUCCAAGCUUUGAGUUAUUCUUCAAAUUUGUAGAGUUGCCGAACUUUGAUGUCUCUUCUGAUGCAUUUUCUACUUUUAAGGAUCUACUAACUAAACAUGAAUCAUCUGUUGCUGAGUUCUUGUCUGCUCACUACAAUGAGUUCUUUGAGCACUAUGAAACACUUUUGACCUCUAAGAAUUAUGUGACAAGAAGGCAGUCUUUGAAGCUUCUCUCAGAAUUUUUGUUGGAGCCUCCAAAUACCCAUAUUAUGAAGCACUACAUUACAGAAGUCCGCCACUUGAAAGUCAUGAUGACAUUACUGAAGGAUUCAAGCAAAAACAUCCAAAUUUUGGCUUUUCACAUUUUCAAGGUGUUCGUUGCUAACCCUAACAAGCCUAGAGAAAUAAAAGUCAUCUUGUCCAAAAAUCAUGAAAAAUUGUUGGCAUUGCUGCAUGAUCUCUCCCCUGGAAAAGGUGGUGAAGAUGAACAAUUUGAAGAAGAAAAAGAGAUGAUUAUCAAGGAAAUAGAAAGAUUAUCUCGACUUCCAGACCUUGUAUCUUAGGUAUAUAACACGUUUAUGUGUUUUGCCCUUUUCUUUUUUUUCUUUCUAUGGUCUGCCUAAAGCAAUGGCCUUUGAUUUCUUCGAAUGAUGAUUUGAGCUGCUGCUGGAGCCAUGGACGUGUGCAGGAAAGACGAUCUCUUCGGCAAAGAACUUAGAGAUCUGCUUUUGAGAUAAAUUAAUUGUGUUUAAUUGAUUGAAAGAACAUGUAUAAAUGUUUAUCCCUCUUCUUGUUUCCCCACCAAUUAAUUAUAAAUAACAUUUUGUUUGUGUUA